GGCUAGGAGGUUCAAUAGCAUCACGUGAUCAGAUUUUCGUCCUCUUCUCACGUGACCACACCUUAAUCCGAAGUACCCAACCGGGAAAGGGCAAAAGAGAAAGAGCCUUGACGCCUGACCUUCCGUACCACCAACCAAUCGAAACUCCAAACCCAUCCACUCCUGCAAAUUUCAGCUUCUUGGCAUCCAUCGCGGUAUUCUUCCGUCUCGAUUUCAAUUGUUUUGCCCCAUCUCCUCGAAGGCAAAGAAGAAAAAACCGGAAUCUGCAGAUUUUUGUGGCAGAUUUUCUGGAGGGAGUAAUGACAGAGGACGGUGGAGCUAGGGUUUCUUCGGAUGAAUCCACGUUGACGAAUGGUGCUUCCCAAACAAGGCAGAGGAAAAAGAGAAAGUGGGAUCAACCGGCUGAGUCAAUAGUUUCAGUUGGAUUUGCUCUACCUGCGGUCCUCCCAAUAGGCAACAUGGCGUCUGUUAGUGCAGUUCCUCUUCACACUGCGGCUCCAGUUUCUGGUGUUUUCUUGCCAAUUCCUUUGGCUGGCAGUGGUACAAUGAUUGCUCCAUUGCUUCAGGCUCCCACUGCAAAUCAACCAUCUGGUUCAGUUGCCCCUAAAGUAAAUCAACCCAAGAUACAAGACGAAUUAAUAAUAGCUCGUGAGAUUGUUAUUAACGAUGCAGAGCCUUCUGUACGAUACAAGCUUACCAAACGCCAGACGCAAGAAGAGAUUCAGAGGUGUACUGGUGCGGUUGUGAUAACCAGGGGCAAAUAUCGUCCACCAAAUGCUCUGCCUGAUGGUGAAAAGCCGCUAUAUCUUCACAUAUCUGGAGGGGCUCAUUUGAAAGAAACAGCAGAACGGAUUUUAGCUGUUGAUCGUGCAGCUGCCAUGGUAGAGGAAAUGCUGAAACAGGGCCCAAAUGGGGUGAAGGGUAAUCCAGCAUUUAGCUCUUGUGUGUACUUGGGAUUUGAUGCUGAUCCAUCAUUAAACAUUGCUGCUCGUAUUCGUGGACCAAAUGACCAGUAUAUAAAUCACAUUAUGAAUGAAACAGGAGCAACUGUUGUAUUAAGAGGGCAUGGUUCGGGUAACUCUGAGAGCCCGCACAGUGAGGAACAGCAGCAACCAUUGCAUUUGCUCUUAUCCAGCAAUAAUCCUAAAAGCCUUGAAGAUGCAAGACUCUUGGCAGAGAAUCUUCUGGAUACAAUUCGAGUAGAAUUUGAUGCCUCCAGGGUUUCUUCAUGUAAGGUUUAUGGUGCUGUGCCACCCCCGCAGACACUGUUGACUGGAGUUCAGAGCUUUGGAAAUGAGCCAAAAGUAAAUGAAAGUUCAGCUUCUGCUUUGGCAUCAUCGGCGGUGGGUGUUACACCACCUCGGCCUGUAUCUUCUAUUACACUUCCUGGGCCUGCUACUAUCCCUCAAAGGCCAAUAUCAAGCGCAGGAGGAAUAUUAAACUCUGGCCAACUGCUGCCAAAUGUGAGCUAUCCCCAGCCUUUGUUAACUGGAGGAACAAGCUAUAGUGGUUAUGGUGGAAUAUAUCCUCAGGCUACACCUCUGCAACAGGUUGCUCAAGCCCUUAAACAAUCACCUUCUGCAGUUACUUGUACAGUUGCUUCUACAACGGUAACGAGCACAGUACCAAAGGCAAGUACAAGCUCAACUUCAUUGAAGGAGAAACAGCCUCCACAAAAACGAAAAUUUCAAGAGUUACCUGCUGGUUCAAGGGGCCCUGCUAAAAUAGAUCAGGCCUCAGAAAUUUUUAAAUCAAGUGAACCAUUGACUGAUGCGGGUGUAAGAAACUUGUUGUCUUUGCCAGCUCCAAAGAAGUUGCUCCAACCAACAUCCAAUGGCAUGUCACCACUUCCAAGAUCCAUGCCUCCACCACCACCCCCACCCCCGAGAGACAUUCCUCCACCUCCAAAAUUUACCGCACCAACACCAGCUGUGAAACUGCAUGACGCAGACAAAGUUUUGAGACACACAAAAUCUGAUACAGUUCCAGAUACUUUGGUUAAGCUAAUGGAAUAUGGGGAGGAAGAUGAUGACCCUGAGGACAGUGAAGAAUCACUUCGUAGCAGAAAUUCUUGUGUAAUUGCAGGUAGAAAACCAUUCUGGGCUGUAUGAUUCAUUUAGUUCUUCAUCAGCUAGAAUCUAAAAAAGUUCUACUGGAGUUCCGACAUGAGUGCCUACCAAUGCGAAACCAAAAGGUCUCCAGAAUUAUUAGGAGAAUUAGAUGCAGUUGCUUGCUGUACAGGAUCUUGUAAUUCACCCUGUCUGCUUUAGCAACUGGUGGCUUGUGCUCUUGGGAGAAGAAGGUGGAAGACCCAUGUUGUAUUUUUGGUCGUAAUUUGAAUCACAUGUACACCACUAGUUUUACACUUGCUGGUGUGUAAUUCUAUAUGCUGGAAGUAUUUGCAUAAUGCAGUAGGCCAAGACAGGUAGAGUCUAUCAUAUAUUUUGUACUUCGUACCCAAGAAAGGUGAUUGUGCUCACCAGUCAGCUUUAGAGCUAGAAUCUCCAUUACAGGGCUUUGAGAGCUAGGGUUUAGAGAUCCUUUUUAGGAAGUCUAAUAGGAGCGGGAAAGAAAGUUUAUUUAUUUGUCAAUUUAUUUUCUUUGUUGUUAUGUUUAAGGAUCAUCUUCUUUGCAAUUUUACAUUUUUUUUUUUACUUUUUAUCUUCCUCAUUAUUGCACUUUUUGUGAGAGCAAAUUCAUUGAUCAA